GCCAGCCUCCGUCACUACUGCGUCAGCACUGAUGAGCUCAGCCUUGCCGGUAGGGAGGUGGAGGAGUGGGUGUACAGUGGUGGUGAGAGAGAGAGAAGAGCCGGGGUGUCGCCACCUCAGAGACACUCACGCAACACAGAGAAACAGCAGCAGGGUGACAACGGAGCAUCCCUCCAUCUUCCUCUGCGGGAAAAACACGACUGCUUUUUGAGUUACUGAAGCCUUAGAAGACCCUUUGUAUUAUCUAACAUAAUCAAAGCCGAAUUACUCCUGAGGUACUGCACCUGGACAUCAUCAGGAGCUCGGUGUGAAAGCAGACGGACCGUUUCAGCACCUGGGACAGCGACAUGGCUCCAGUGGUGGAGGAAGGAGCUCAGCUCGUGGCAGUGCCAGUAGGAGUAGCUGUGGUGAGUGUCUUUGGGCUUGUCUUCACUGUGUCAGCCUUUGCGUGGAUCUGUUGCCAGCGUAAAAACACCAAAUCCCAGAAGACACCCCCCUACAAGUUUGUGCACAUGCUCAAAGGCGUUGACAUCUACCCGGAGAGCCUCAGCGGCAAGAAGAAGUUUGCUGCCUCUGCCACCACAACAAGUAAUGACACCAGCAAAACCGAUGUCAAUGGAAACUGCCACACUGCAUCGCCACUGAGCCCGACCAGCGCCAGUAAACUAGCAUCAAGUCCAAAUGGUUCCAGAUCAUCUCUGCAUCUGGAUCUGGAAAAACGAGAUCUGAAUGGCAACUUCACCACAAAACCAUUUCACCACCACCACCAGAAGCUGCGGAGCUCCCCGGACCUCGAGCUGCCUUCGCCCCAUGCAGGGUUCACCCAACCUGGGGUGAUGGACCGUGGUGACCUCUCUUCACCUUCUAGCACCCACUCCAGCCAGGCACCCACCCCAGCUGUGGACAAGCCUCAGGGGGAAGAGAAGGAGGGUGGACUGGGAACCCUCCACUUCUCCCUGGAGUACCAACCAGAGAGGAAGGCUUUCAUUGUCCAUAUUAAGGAAGCCCAUGGCCUGAGCCCAACUGAUGAGCAGUCACUGACCUCUGACCCCUACAUCAAGCUGACACUGCUGCCAGAGAAAAAGCACCGGGUGAAGACCAGAGUCCUGAGGAAGACUCUGGACCCUGCCUUCGACGAGACCUUCAGCUUCUAUGGGAUCCCGCUGGCUCGAGUGUCAGAGUUGUCCCUUCACUUCAUGGUGCUGAGCUUUGAUAGGUUCUCCCGUGACGAGGUCAUCGGGGAGACCCUCGUCCCAUUGUCUGGGAUCGACUUGUCAGAGGGGCGUGUCCUGAUGAGCCGAGAGAUCAUCAAGAGGAACAUCAAGAAAUCCUUCGGCCGAGGUGAGUUACUGCUGUCCCUGUGUUACCAGUCCACCACCAACACACUGACUGUGGUUGUCCUCAAGGCUCGCCACCUGCCCAAGACUGAAAACAAUGGACCUACAGAUCCGUACGUCAAGGUGAACAUGUACCACGGAAAGAAACGUGUGUGCAAGAAGAAGACCCAUGUGAAGAAAUGCUCCCCCAAUCCAGUCUUUAAUGAGCUCUUUGUCUUUGAUCUGCCCUCUGAGGAGGGUCUGAGGGACACCAGCGUGGAGCUGCUGCUGAUGGACUCAGACACAAGCAACCCACGCAGCCCCAACACCAUCCUCGGGCGCCUGGUCUUGGGCACGUCAGCAGCAGGCACUUCUGGUGAGCACUGGAGGGAGAUAUGUGACCACCCGCGUCGCCAGAUUGCCAAGUGGCACGCCCUGUCAGAGGAUUAGAAUGCUGGGGUGUGCAAAUGCUGUCAUCCACAUCUGACCUGGGCAAACCAUGAGAGGGAUGCAGUGAGGACGGGCAGGAUCUAAUGUCCUGCUAGCCACUAACCAUUGGACUUUCAGUAAGGGCGGGUGGGAAUUAAGGGGGAUGGGACUUUGAUGUUGUGGGGAGGGCCAUUUGAAGUGAUGUCAUCAUUCAGUCGCUUAUGUUUGAAGUUACUGGGGUUCAGCACGGAGGGUAUAUGGUAUGACAGAUGGGACCCCAUAGCUUUAAAUUAUCCCAAAGACUCUCAGAAAAAUCACCUAGUAACAUGUAACAUCCGCUCCAUGACCAAUUGUCACGAUACCUGUGUGCAGUGCAGAAUGUCUUAAAUGUUGCUCUUCUUUUCUUCCUCUGCUCCUUCUUCUUCUGCUGCUUCUCGUUCUUCAGCUCUUCCUCCUAUAAAUAGUAACCUAGUCCAUCACACGAAAACCACAUCUGACAAAGCUGUAAAAAUGUGGAAUAUUAAAAUUUAUUUUAUAAUGACAGUGUUUUCUUCAUGGAGAUGUAGAUUGUUUUUAUUUAUGUUUUUGUUUUGUACUCUUCUGGUUGAAUUGCUGAACAUGUUUUUGUAAGUAUAAGUGGUAUUUCAUAUAUCAUUGCCUAAGUGCAAGAAAGCCUAAAUUAGGUGGUUUGGGACAAAAACAGAACAGACUGAGUGCACUGAUUGUAUGUUUUGAUAUGAGUGUGCUUGUGUUGACAUGAUUGUGAGAGUAUGCCUGGGUGUGUGUGUGUGUGUGUUAGGUCUGAAAACGUGAAUCACAUAAUGUUUACUGUAGGUGUUUUGUUCCUCUUACUGUGAGCACAAAGACAGCUGAAAUGUAAAUGUAUGUACCUUAUAAAAUAUGGCAACUUCUGAGAAAAA